AUGGAUGCAGUUUUGAAAUGUUUCGAAAGCGGCUACUCUGAUUUCUACUUGGUCGAAUUUUUGAGGUUUGAUUCGGCGCCAUUGGGUGGAAACUUAGACCUGAAAUAUGUCCGGGACGACAAACUGGUUCAGUUAAUCCAAUGCACAUUGGAACUGAAAGGAGAAUAUGCCAGCCAUUAUGCGGCGGGGCAGGUCACUCCGCGGCUCUUUGAGCUGUGCAACGAACAAUUGAAACUUUUGAAUAGACUUUCAGAUGGAGAAACUGCCUGGAUUACAGGACCACUCUGGAUUAGCGCUAGACAACUUCUGAAAAUAAGCACGAAGCUCGACGAUCAGCAAACCGAAUUCAACAAUUCAGACAGUAAGCAAAAAACGAAGCAAAGAUCCAAGGGAGACCUGGAGGAAGAGAAGUACUUGGAGAAAUGCGUUAGGACCAUCCACACAAGCUUCAAAUUGUGUCUCAACGACCGCAAUCCGGUUGCACAGGAAAAUAAGAAAUGGGGGGUUUAUUUCUUCACAAAUCUGGAGCUACGCAUCUACCAGCAGCUCCACAACGGCGACAUGAUUCGAAAUUUGGUGAAAGUGAUCGAGAGUCGGGCUGCAGAAUUGCCUACGCCUGAACAGGCUUUGUGGGCUCACAAGGCGCAACUGGUCACGUAUUACCAUUAUAUGGCUAGAUACUUUGGAUGUUACGAAAUGGACUACGAACGCGGGUUUUUGUUCGCUCAGAAAGCAUGGCUGGCGUCAAGAAGGCGCGCGGGCAGGCAGGAAAAUGCCAUUUGUGUGUUGCUGAUACCUUUUGCGGUGCUGGCGCGCAGAUGGUACCCGGACCUUGCAACACUGAGAUCAAUUUGUCCUGCCGUGGCGGAGUUCUACCGUCCCGUGGUUGAAUGUUUACGGAACGGCGAUCUACUGAAAUACGAGAAGUGGCUUAACGCAAAUGAGCCCAUGCUGUUGAGACGCAACCUGUUUGUGGCCCUAGUUGCAAUACGGGAGCUUAUCGUGCGGAAACUGGUGAAACGUACGCUGGAAAUCACAAGAACGGGCCCAAUUGUGCCGCUACGACUGGUUAGCAGUGCGCUCGUGUAUAGUGAGAGUCGUCUGGACAAUCGACACCGGGAAUCAGUGUCUGAGGCCACGCUAGACAGCACUGAAUGUGUCUUGGCGAAUCUGAUUGCCAAGGGUUAUGUUAAGGGUUAUUUGUCGCAUUCUAAUCGUGCGCUUGUGGUGAGCAAGACGAAUGCAUUUCCAGGAAUGGUCCAAGCACAAUUGAAAACUGAGAGCAAGCACAAUUGA